AUGGCUCCAAGAAGUAUUCUAAUUACCGGUGCAAAUCGUGGUAUCGGCCUUGGGCUUGUGAAGCAGUUUCUCAAAAAUGAAGGCAUUCAACUUGUAAUUGCAACUUGCAGAAAUCCAUCAAAAGCUGAUGAACUGAACAGCAUUGCUGAUUCGCGUCUACAAAUUUUUCCAUUGGAGAUAGACUGCGACGACUCUAUCAAGAAAUUGUAUGAAAACGUUGAUACCCUCGUUGGCACUGACGGCCUUACAGUUCUUAUCAACAAUGCUGCAAUUUGUUCAGUCUACGAGAUUGAAGGACAGAUUAGCAGAACAUAUAUGCGUCAACAAAUUGAGACAAACUCAGUCUCUACCGCCAUCCUGACCCAGAACUUUAUACCAUUGCUCAAGAAAGCGUCGGCAAAGAACGGCGGUGAAGAAUAUUCGACUGAUCGCGCGGCAAUCGUCAACAUUUCUUCCGGAGCUGCAUCCAUUGGAUAUAUCGAUGACAAACAACCUGGUAUAUAUAUCGCUUACCGUAUGAGCAAAUCCGCAUUGAACUCAUUCUCCAAGUCUUGUUCGGUUGAGCUGGCCAAGUACCACAUCUUGGUUACGGCAAUGUGUCCUGGUUGGGUCAAGACUGAUAUGGGGGGAGAAAAUGGAUGGGAAGAGGUUGACGAUGCAACCGAAAAGAUUAUGAAAAGCAUUUUAAAACUUGGCGCUGCUCAACACGGAGCUUUCAUCAACUCCAGCUUGGAAGUGUAUCCAAAUUGA